UAAAGCCAGCCGCAGAUGGAACUGGAGUGAUUGCUGGUGGUGCGAUGAGAGCUGUUCUUGAGAUGGCUGGAGUUCAUAAUGUAUUAGCAAAAUCUCAAGGUUCUUCUAAUCCACAUAACGUUGUUAAAGCAACUAUUGAUGCACUUUCUAAAAUGAGAAAUGCGCAUGAAGUUGCAAAAAAUCGUGGUGUGAAUCUUAAUAAAAUAAAGAGUGCAAUUGAUAGAAGUAAACGUCAGAAAGGCACUAUAGUGGCUUUAGGAAUAAAGAAACUUCACAAUCCUGUAGUUAAGGAAGUAACUCCACAAAUUAUGGGAAUGGUUGCAAAGGUGGCACAUUUAUUACAUAAUUUAACACCUGCUUUAGGGUCAGUUAAAAAUGAGAAAGGCAGAUUAGGCCGUGGUGAAGGUAGUGGUUCUGGUGGUACAGCUUCUAAAGGACAUAAAGGGGCUAAAGCAAGGACUGGUUACAAGAGUAAAAGGGCUUUUGAAGGGGGUCAAAUGCCAAUUCAGAUGCGUUUACCUAAAAGAGGGUUUAAGAAUAUUAAUAAUGUAACUUAUGUUGCUAUAAAUGUUUCUCGUUUACAAGAGAUACAUGACAAUUAUGGCUUAACGGAAAUAUCAAAAGUUGCUUUAUAUAAUGAAGGUAUUAUUAAUAAAGGGGACAAAAUUAAGGUAUUAGGUAAUGGAGAACUUAGUGUAAAACUUAAUAUUAUAGUUGAUGCUUUUUCAGCUACAGCUAAGACUAAGAUCGAAGCUGUUGGCGUAGUUCUUGCAGUCUUUAGAUUAGGGUCUUAUAUUGUAUUACCCGGAGUAAAUGCACUUGCACUAUCUGCUGCUUCAGAAGGAAGAAAGGCUAAUGACUUACUUCAAUUAAUAAAUACUUUUACUGGUGGGGCUUUUAAUCAAGGUUCUAUCUUUGCUUUAGGUAUUAUGCCUUAUAUUACUGCAUCUAUUAUAGUGCAAUUAUUAGGUUUCGCUGUACCAUAUUUUCAACGGCUUCAGCAAAAGGAAGGUGAAUCGGGAAGAAAGAGAAUUAAUCAAAUUACAAGAUUUUUAACACUUUUAAUUACCUUAGUUCAAGGUAGCGGUUAUUUAUUAAUGUUGAAUACUACUCCUGGAGCUGUAGAUUCGUCAAUAAAUCCUGGUGUUUUUUGGUUUAGUAAUAUGAUUAUCUUAGCUACGGGUACAAUUUUUGCGAUGUGGUUAGGUGAAAAAAUAACUGAUAAGGGUAUUGGAAAUGGUAUUUCUUUAUUGAUUAUGGUAUUAUUGCGAGAUUACCACAAUCAUUUAUUGCUGAGGUGCUUGGCCAAAUUACUGAGAAUA